AAAAAAAACACAGGAAAUGUAUUUCUCUCAGCUAUUGUUCACUGGAAGAGAGGCUCCAACUGAGAGGAAAGGGGAAAUAAUUCUUCACAGCAGAAGUAAACGUAACACAGCAUCGUAAUCCUGCAUUUCAACCUGCCUUUGACUGAAGAAAAACAAGCAAAGAGAAAGUGAAGUUGAACUUCCUUCUUUCAUGCUCUGCGCUGUAGCUUUUUACUUUCACCUGAGAACGAGAGAAUGGCUUAUAAUCCAGAAAAGGACCUGUCCUGUCCUAUCUGCCACGACAUCUUUGAUAUUCCUGUCGUCCUGGCAUGCAGCCACAGCUUCUGUAAAACCUGUGUGGAGACCUGGUGGAGAGACAAACCCAUAAAAGAGUGUCCGGUUUGUAAGGAAAGACCUUUGCUGGGUGAGCCACCGGUUAGUUCAGCCUUAAAGAACCUGUGUGAGGCCUUCUUACAAAAGAAAGAUCAAAAUGCUUCUGCAUUCUCUGAAACUGUUUGCAGUUUGCACCAUGAGAAACUGAGAGUCUUCUGUUUGAAUCAUCAGCAGCCAGCGUGCCUCGUCUGUCGAGAUUCAAAAAUACAUCUCGGCCACAGCUUCAGACCCGUUAAUGAAGCUGCAGAAGAUCACAGAAAGGAUCUCAAGGAAUCCUUGAAAUCUUUACAGGAGAAACUGAAAGUGUUUGAAGAAGUUAAAGAAAAGUUUGAUGAAACAGCAGAAUACAUUAGGGUCCAGGCCCAGCAGGCAGAGAAACAAAUUAAGGAGGAGUUUAAGAGGUUGCAUCAGUUUAUACAAGAUGAAGAGGAGGCCAGAAUCACUGCUUUAAAAGAGGAAGAAGAGCAGAAGAGUCAAAUGAUGAAGGGAAAGAUUGAAGGUCUGAGCAGAGAGAUAGCAGCUCUUUCAGAAAUAAUCAGAGCCACGGAAGAGGAGCUGAGAGCUGAAGAUGUCUCGUUCCUGCAGAACUACAACGAUGCAGUGGAAUUAAUCCAGCAGUGCCCUCUGUUGGAUGAUCCAGAGCUGGCCACAGGAGCUCUGAUAGAUAUGGCCAAACACCUGGGCAACCUAUCCUACAACAUCUGGAAUGAGAUGAAAGCGAUAGUCUCCUACUUUCCUGUGAUUCUGGAUCCAAACACAGCUCAUCCAGAGCUCAUCCUAUCAGAAGAUCUGACUGGCGUAAGAGCUGUAGAUGGGCAUCAGCUUCCUGACAAUCCGGAGAGGUUUGGCUGCUAUUGCAUUGUCCUGGGCUCUGAGGGCUUUGACUCAGGCACCCACAGCUGGGAUGUUGAGGUUAGAGACUCUACAGGCUGGGUCUUGGGUGUAGCAGCAGAGUCUGUACAAAGAAAGAGUGAAAUAAAAUCUGGACUUUGGCGGAUAAUUGGGCUAACUGAAGAUAAAUAUGGAGCAUGCUCCCCAUCACAACACACCUUUAUUCACCCACUGAAGGAGUUCCAGCGGAUCAGAGUUCAUCUGAACUGGGACGAAGGAAAGCUGUCAUUCUCUGAUCUCGAUACUGACACACACAUACACACCUUCAUACACACUUUCACGGAGAAGCUGUUUCCAUACUUCAUCAAUAAGAAAGAACACCAGCUAAAAAUACUUCCGCUGAAGGUUUCUGCAACAGUAAAACUGCUUAAUCAAUGAAAAUGAUGGGAUUAUCAAAUACUAUAGGUCAUUUUAUUUAUUCAAAGAUCUUUUCUUUGUUCUUGACUUCUGAUGAAGCUAAUAUUGAAAGCAUGCUAAUGUUACUUAAAUGACACAUGCUUAAGAUUUUGUACUGAGUUUGAAUAGGUCAGAUCAUUUUGUAUGGUAUGUUAGGCUGGGAAAGAAAAAAACGUCUGAGUUGAAUAUGAUGUCAAUUACUUUAAUGGACAUUUCACAAUAAAAUUCACAUCAUGUAAAUAUAUUUCUUUCAGUAAUAUUGUAUCCAAUGUAGGCUAAUGUAAGCGACUAGCUUAUUUGGAUUUUGGUAUGUAUGCCUUCUGGUCCACUGGCAUUUUAGAUAGCAGCUAAAUUGCGACGUGCAUGUCUGGAUGCAUUGGCAAUUCUUAAAACAAAAAGUUGUGUUAUAGCUUUUGUUUUGUUUUUGUUGUAAAAAUCAAGGGAUUUUUUCAUUAUAACGUUUUUUUCAAUAUUUGUUUGUGUUAGUUUUACAGUGGCUCAAUAUUCAUUUGAUACAAUAAAGGGAUGGCAUCUCAUUUCACCACAAAAAUCAGUGUUGGCUAAUACUGAAUAUACUGAUCAUGUAUUAGUCUGCUGAUGUUUUAAACACUUUGUGGUUCAAGUAGCUUUACAAUUGUCCAUCCAUCCGUUCCACUUAUCCAGGUCAGAGUGGUGUUGUGGUGGGGUGUAUGUCAGGCUCCACCACAACACCACUCAGCCAAUGCUAUACACUAAGUAUGUAGCAUUAGCUUAUGAGUUUGCACCUCCUACGGUUCUCUGUUCUGUAAUUUCCAUUUAUGUAUUUAUUCUAUGGUGUGUGUUUCUUAUAAUCUCUCAUGCAUACUGUAUGUCUUGACAAGUGUGUGUAUGUGGUGGGGCUGAUGUUACAUACUUACAUAAAUAUUGUCAUGAAUAGCAAUCUGAAGACAAACCAGACUUGUGGUUGUGGCAGGAACAUUUCUUAUAUCUCAUGUUAUAUCAUUAUAAGCAACAAAAGCUUCUUUGCUAAAGCAAUGGUAGCAAGUUUAACUGUAAAUAAAUAUCUGUAGCUUCA